AUGCGGCGCGGCCAGCAUGGGCCGCUGCCCCGGACCCAACUCGGGGACCCGACGUCAGAGGCCCCCCGGACCGUCCGGCCUGCGGGGCUCUCGGGCUCGCAGCGGCCGGUGGGAAACCCGGACCCUGCAGCGCCCCGAGGGCGACAGUCCGCGGAGGGAGGACGACCCCGCGGCCGCAGACACGUGUCUGGUCUGACUCUUCGGGCCUCCCGGAGCACAGCGGGGGCCGCCGGGGCCGCUCUCCGUUCCGCCCCGGCCGCGUCGCAGGGCCCCGCGCUGGCGCCCGCUACCGAGAGUGAGGCUGAGCGAGCGCGAGAGCGGACGGCCCGGGGGGGACGCAGGCGUCACCGGCCCCGGCAGGACCGUCCCCGCCGGCCAGGGGCAGGGCUGGAGCGCGCGGCCCGUGCGCCCGGGAAGGCCGCCUCCUCCGGGCGGGAACCGGGAGCCGCCGGGCCGCGGCGCUGCGAGGAGGGUCGGAGGCCGCUGCCGCGGAGGAGGGGUAGCUUGGCUCGGCCGGACCCCGACCUGCCCUCUCUCGGCCCCUUGACCUCCCCGCCGGACCGGAGCCCGAGCACAGCCCGACGAAGGUCCCCGCAUUCCGCCGCCCAACACACGCCGCUCCUCCCGACCGGGUCCGCGCGGGGCGGCUCUCCCGGACCCCGCAGCGCCGCGGACCCCCGGUGGUCACCGCGCCGCUGCCCCACGGACCCCACGGACCCCCGGUGGUCACCGCGCCGCUGCCCCACGGACCCCACGGACCCCCCGGUGGUCACCGCGCCGCUGCCCCACGGACCCCACGGACCCCCGGUGGUCACAGCGCCGCUGCCCCACGGACCCCACGGACCCCCCGGUGGUCACAGCGCCGCUGCCCCACGGACCCCCGGUGGUCACCGCGCCGCUGCCCCACGGACCCCACGGACCCCCCGGUGGUCACCGCGCCGCUGCCCCCACGGACCCCACGGACCCCCCGGUGGUCACAGCGCCGCUGCCCCCACGGACCCCCCGGUGGUCACCGCGCCGCUGCCCCACGGACCCCACGGACCCCCCGGUGGUCACCGCGCCGCUGCCCCACGGACCCCACGGACCCCCCGGUGGUCACCGCGCCGCUGCCCCACGGACCCCACGGACCCCCGGUGGUCACCGCGCCGCUGCCCCCACGGGCCCCACGGACCCCCCCGGUGGUCACCGCGCCGCUGCCCCACGGACCCCACGGACCCCCCGGUGGUCACCGCGCCGCUGCCCCCGCGCCCGCCGACCCCGCAGCGCCGCCGGUUCUCUCCUGGCUGA